AUGAAUAAAUAAUCGGAUUUUAUUCCAAUAUUUCCUGAACACAAUCCUUUAAAAUUUUAAUAUUACAGCGAAGUUAAGAACGGGUUUUACUUGUAAAAUCCAAAUGAAAUCUAUAUUUUAGAUAAAGCUGAAGGGUGGGCAGAUUUUAAUGGUUGCUAUUAUUAAAGAGAUGGACACCCUGCUGGAUGGGUAUUUGUAAAUUAGGGGGAAUACACCAGGUAUGGCAUGAAUAAAAGAAUUAUGGAAACUGGCAGAAAUAUUUAUUACCCUGAAACCAUUCCUUAGCAAGGAAUGUAGAGUGAAAGAAUCAAAUAGCCGAAGGACUAAAAGUCAUACUAAAAAAGUUCUUAGUAAGAUUUAAAAAACCCUUAAACAUAUUAGAAAUAGGAUGAUUACUAUUAAACUAAUAAAUUUAAUUAACCUUCAGCAACUUUGAAAGAACACUAGCAAGUUUUUCAAAGGUUUGUUUAAGAAAAUAAUAUGUAAUUACAUCAAAUUUACAUUAAAAAAAGAAAUUACUAAACUGGUAAUUAAGAGGAAUAAUAUACAAGUAGAUAAAGAGUUUAAAGUGAAAAUUUUAGAAGAUCAAAUUAUUAAGAAAAUAAAAAUGAAGGUAAGUUUUAUAAUAAAAAACCAAAAGACAAUCAUGGCUAUAAUGAAAAUUAUUUAAAUGUUGGAUCGAACGGGAGAUAAAAUUAUCAUUAGCAUUACUCUAAUGGAAAUUUUAAUAAUUCUGAUCCUAGAAUUCGUUUAAAUUAAUCAACUAAAUCUAAUUACAAUAGGUAUUAAGAAACAAAUUUAAAUAAUUUUAAUAAUAAUGAUCACAAUACUAAAAGAAUGUUGAAUAGGUCUAACGAAGAUAAUCAAAGACGGGUUUAAUAGUUUUAGAAUUAAAAAUACCAUAAUCUAAUUAAAAAUCCAUUUAUUGAAUAAUCAUUCUAAUAAUAAAAUUAUCAAAAUCAAAAGACCAAUUAUUACGAUAAAAGAAAUGAACGCAAUUAAAUUGACUAUUAUACAGAGUCAGAUAAGUUUAAGAGACAAUAAUCCGCUCAUGAUUAAAAAAAUAAAAAUUAUAAUGGAAAUUCAAAUCAUUCUAAUUAUCAAAAUAAGAAUUAUAAUAUAAAUAAAGAUUAUUACAAUUAUAGAUAAGAUAAUAAAGGAUUUUAGAAUGAAACCGCGAGAACAAUAAAUUAAAGAAAUUUAUAAAAAAGAGACUUUUAACAUAAAAAAUAAUAAUCUUAGCAACUUUUGCAUCAUAGCAAUUCUUACUUUUAAUAGGAACAAAACCAGUAAGAUGAAGAGAAAAUAUAUUAUUUUGGAUAGAAAGAUGAUGAGAUUCCAAGAAAAAAUGGAAUUCCUGAAAGAAGAGAAAGAAAAUCAAGAUUAAAUCAACCAUGA